AUGUACAUACACAGAAAUACACACAGACACAUGUACAUACAUACACAGACACAUGUACACACAAGCACAUGUACGUACAUGCACACAGACACAUGUACACACACACAUACAUGUAAAAUACACGCAAACACGUACAGAUUACACACAUGUACAUACACACAGACACUCAUGUACAAUUGUACAUGCAUAUACAGACACACACAAACACACACAUGUACACGUACACCCACACACACCCCUCCCCCAUAAAAAGUUGCAGUACUUUCGUUGUUCACUCACAGAGUCGGGUACUGCACUCUAGGGGGAGGCAGAGAGUACAAGCACACACUCCUUGCUUUGCUUUCACUGCGCUCAGCUAUUGAGCAGUCUGACAGCUCCCAGUGCCAAUGACAGAUCCGGCCUGAGCUCCGAGCCUGCUCAGCAAGAUGGCCCUGGGGGACACACUCGCCCCCACCAUAAUUUCCACUCGCCAUUGGCGAGCAGCAGAGUGGAAAUUUCAAGCUGUGCCUUAA